UUUAUUCGUUCUUGUAUUUUUUAUUUAAUUUUCAUUCGAUGUUUUGGGUCAACUAUAUGAUUUCUUCUCUAUUUCUCUCUGAUUAAUUAACAAACGCACGUUGUGCUCUUUUCAAUUGUUCGGUUUUCAUUUCGAAAUGAUCAGUUCUUUUUUUUUAGUAAUUUUUUUUUUUGUUCUUUAUAUAUACGAUGUGUAAAAACUAUGUACCAUUUAUUUGCUUUUAUAUACUUGUCUUAGAUGUAUGUUCGUUUUCAGAGGCUUGUUUUUAUUAAACAAUAUUAUGAUAAGAAAUUCGAUGUAUAUUUGUGAGGAUUCUAUUCCAUAGUAUAUUGCUGAUUGAAAUGGUAGAAACCACUCGAGUGGUCGAUUUCUUCCUAGCUAAACAAGAGUUGACCAAGUCUGUAAGGAGAAACCAUCGAAAUUCGAAUGUGAACUAAACAUUGUACACGAAUUAGCCGAGCUAUUGUAUUCGUCGAUUACGAACGAACGAAGACUAAAGUGUAAAAUAUCGGUCAAAUUUAGCUAUAAACAAUGCAUUGGAAAUCAACGUUAGACGUUAUUCGAUUGUGUAAAUGAAAUUAUGCCAUUAGUUGCUCGCAUAUUCACAUUCCAUUUGGCAAAGAAGUUUUCUCAUCUCAUCGAGCUACUCCAUCAGCUCUAAAAUCUACUAAUCGAUGAUUCGACGUUUUUCUGCUGAGUUGUCAUCGUUGAGAAAUUAGUUAUACUCGUAACGACGACUGGUUUUUUGUUUUUCUCUCAGAAUCAUCAUCCUGCCUUUGAGUUUUCUAUAUAUUUUCCUCGAUAAUUUAUUUAAACACACACAUAUACACACGUUGUUGAAAUUUCAAGCUGAUUAUGAAUUUUCUAUACGUUAGCUUCGGUUUUGUCUGUUUUUUUUUCUUUUUAUUUAUUAUUCUUGUAAAAUGUACGUUUGUAUAUUAUCGCAAUGAUGUGUUUUUUUCAUUGAGAUAGAAUACGUGUAGGAUAAUUGCACCUAUAUAGGGAGCUGUUUUAUUUGUUUUAACAAAAAAUUACCCUGUAAGAUAUAUUUUUGGAAGAUCAAUUUAUGAUGUAAUGCAAAAUAAAUUAUUCAAAAUUCGUACCUUAAUGUAAUUAAAAUAGGUUAAACAUUGAUUUUUUUUCGUACGAAUGGAUACGACUAGUACGAGUCAAGGGCAUCUUUGUGUAUUGGUGUUUCAUAAUCGAUGCUUAUAUAUGUAGUAUAAUCAGCUCAUCUUGAUAUUUUUUAAUUUUUUUCUUCUGUCUAUCGAUAUGGUUGUUUUGAAUAAUAAUUUCUAAUUCAAAAACAAGCGUGCUUUAAAUUUAAAAAAAAAAUUAAAAUACGUGUGAUUGAACGGUGUCUUUUGGCUGUUGAGAAUUUCGCGAUGAUGGAACAGCUAUAUAAUUUGCUCAUUGCGAAGUAUACUUUUUUGAACUUGGUUUUAAACUUUGACUAUAUAUACAUGGACUACUAUCUUCAUUGUUGCCGAUGAAGCCGAAGUAAUAGAGGUACUAGAUCGGGAGCAUCGGGAAUUUUCAUGCGCGCGCAGGAAUCCCACCCACCCUCGCACCUUCCAAUCACGGUGAACCACGGAGCGACGAACACCCUCCUACGUUCCAACAACCGCUACGCUCGUUGCAACGAAAUCUCGCGCAUGCUCAGAGCCCAUGUCCCGAUCUAGUACCUCUAUUGCUUUGGCUUCACGAUUCCCAUUCAACAACAAUAGGAGAUAGCAGUCCAUGUAUAUAUAGUCAAAGGUUUUAAAUAUCUGAUUGUAUUUCAUCGUCGAAUAAUCACAUCGUAUUUUGGAAUACACUUUUGAUGAAGUAGUCGUUGAAAUUUGACAAUUGACGUCGAUGUUCGAAUAGUUUUUAGUUUUUAUCUUUUGGGAAUUCGAGAUGUGAAAAAUUAUUAUAACCAACGAUGAACGAACACCAAAGAAUUACUAAUUAGUGAUUAGUUGCUCGUACUGUAGGCUAUUACUCAUCAUAAAAAUGAUAGUGAUUCAAAUUGUUCGAUGAAUGCAGCGCAGUUAGGCUAUAAACGAACAUACGUAUAGAUAGAUAAUACAGGAAGUCGUGUUCAGAUGAAAGCAAAAUCAUCAGUUUUGAUCUAAAAUUAAUUUAAACGAUUUGAAUAAUUCUUAUAUGUACGUAGUGUACAAAAGUACUUGAUGUUUCUAUAGUAAAAUUAUCGUAGUCGAGGUGUAUUUUUUUUUUUUUUUUUUUUUUUUUUAAUAUUAACGUUGCACUGUGAAAUUGACAUUGAUUUUUUUUUUUGUUGGAAAUUGUGUGGUUGAUUGUUGCGCCUAAUCAAUAAUUUAAUGCAUUUGUAUGAGGUCUAUUUCUCGAAUUGCUCUCAUAUGCCCUUUUUUUGGAGUCCGGUUGAGGUUCUUGUGAGGUGUAAAAAAAGACGUUGGAAUUGAAUUUGUACUGAUCAGUUUUGGAUCUGAAUUAGAACUCAAAUAUCAUAUCCUUCGAAGCCUCGUUGAAUUCAAAGUGAUCCUUGCUUGAUUCAAUCUCCUCAAAAAUAAAUUAAAAUGGUAUGGUUGAAACAUGUGAACCCCUUUGGCCCCUGCUUUGAGACUGAGUUUGAUUCGCUCGUGAUGGAAUGAAAUUCAAAAUCAAAAUAAGAAAUUGAAACCUGAUCAUGUGAAUUGUAAAGUGUGCUUAGGACGUGUAUGUUGUUCAUUGCUGAUUUGUAUUCGUCUUCUUGGUCCUUCAUUGAAAAUUGAAUUGGCCUCAUUUGCUUAACUACGGUUUGUAAAUUUGGAGGUGUGGGAAUAUAUCUUUCAAAAAUAACUCUAUAAUUUGAAAUAUGGCUCCAGAGAAACCAUCACCGCAUGCGCAUGUGUUCUGGAGACGAUCCGUAGGAUGUCAACAGCCCAUCCAGAGUUGUUUAUUCCAUUAGAACCAAGACCGAAUCGAGUAAAGUACUUGAAAUUAAGAAUAAGAAAUACUACAGAAUAUAAUAUCAUAUUGGAACGUAUGUACCAAAAUAUGAAUCAAAAGAAAUUAGAAAACAAGGUUGAUGUCAAGCUGAUUUUUUAAAACCCCUGUAAGAUAAUCUAACCAGAACAUUGGAUCGUUGUUUAAAUAUGUUUUGCUUAUUCCAAUGUGUUAUCAACGUUUCUUGCUGUUUUCAAGAUUGAAUGAAUUUGGAUAUUUUGAUACCUAAAGAUAAUAUGUUUGUAACAUUUCAUCGAGAUAUAAAAGAAAUCAAUAGUAUUAGAUGAGAAUUUUUAAAUCAUUCAAUUUAGUUACCGUACUCCGAUUCAUCGUUUCUUAUUGGAACAGUCGAGUUGUUUCCAAUUAUUCGAUUUUCAUUCAAAUUAAAUCAUUUUUUCGUUUAGUUUUUCGCCAUUUUACAAAUCAAAAUGUAUAAUCUUAAUACAGAUAAUAAUAAUGAAAGUACUAAUCACCAGUUUCAUAAUAUCAUCUACUCGUACAAUUCGUAGAAUUGAUUUUAAUGUUCUCGAUCACGAAUCUAAAUUCAAAUUGCGAGUUGAGCAUUGAAAAAUGACAAUAUUGGUAACAUACCGACGUGUAAAUCGUUUAAUCUCUUCGCGCAAAAAUGAUACUCAACUCGAUUCAUCGUACUCUAAUAAUGGUAUCCCUAAUAUCUCAACGUUUUCGCGCGUAUAGCCAGAACGCUGGGGUGUAUACCAUGAAAGUGCUAAAUGUAGCUGAAAAAAAUGACGCUGCCAAACACAUAGCCGGUCAUCUAUCAGGAGGCAACCCAUUCAAAAGAGAAGGUCGCUCGAAAUACAACAAAAUAUACGAAUUCAAUUACCAAUUAUUCGAUCAAAAUGUCAGAAUGGUAAUGACAUCAGUUUCCGGCCAUGUUCUCAACUACGAGUUUAUAGGAAAUUAUUCCAAAUGGACUGGUUGUUCACCCGAAGCGUUAUUCGAUGCUCCUGUAGUAAAACACUGCCCAGAAAACAGCAGAUUGGUUAAAGAAAAUUUAGAAAAAGAAGCUCGAACAUGCGAUGCUCUUGUUGUAUGGACUGAUUGCGAUAGAGAAGGAGAAAAUAUCGGUUUCGAGGUGAUUUCGAUUUGUACCAAAGUUAAACCUGGUAUACGAGUUUACAGAGCUAAAUUUUCAGAGAUUACUCGACAAUCGGUAAAAAGAGCUGUGGAGAAUUUAGAACGACCGAAUGAAAACUUGAACGCGGCGGUUGAGGUCAGAAGCGAGCUUGAUCUAAGAAUUGGUGCUGCAUUCACUCGAUUUCAAACGCUGAGAUUACAGAAAGUAUUCCCCGAAGUGUUAGCUAAUUGCUUGAUUAGUUACGGUAGCUGUCAAUUUCCCACGUUGGGUUUCGUCGUAGAAAGAUACAAAGCUGUGCAAAAUUUCAUACCGGAAACUUUCUGGAAGCUGAAGGUUACUCAUAAAAUCGAAGAUCUUACCGUAGAAUUUAAUUGGCAAAGAGUUCGUUUAUUUGAUAAACAGUUUUGCGAAAUAUUAUACGAAAGAUGUCGAGAAAAUCUGAUCGCUAAAGUUGAAAAUAUUUCUACUAAAACGAAGUAUAAAUACAGACCGGUUCCUUUGGAUACAAUUGAAUUGGAGAAAAUAGCUAGUCGUAAAUUGAAGCUGAGUGCCAAAGAAACGAUGCGUUUGGCCGAACGCUUAUAUACUCAGGGUUUUAUCAGUUAUCCCAGAACAGAAACGAAUAUUUUUCCUAAUAAUAUGAAUUUGAGAGGUUUAGUCGAAAUGCAACAAAAUGAUGCUAGAUGGGGAGGAUUCGUCCAGAAAGUAUUAAACGCUGGUGCUCGUCCGAGACAAGGGAAAAAAUCCGAUCAAGCCCAUCCUCCUAUUCAUCCCACAAAAUAUACAAAUGCGCUGACUGGUAACGAAGCUAGAUUGUACGAAUACAUCGUUCGGCACUUCCUCGCCUGUGUUUCUGAUAACGCUGUGGGAUUAGAAACCAUCGUAACUAUCGAUAUUAAUGACGAAAAGUUCCUAGCUAACGGUUUAAUCAUCCAAGAACGUAAUUACUUAGAAGUGUAUCCGUACGAGAAAUGGAACGCUAAAGAGAUCCAUAACUACGAGAAUAUCAAAACAUUCGAGCCUACGAGUUUCGAUAUGGUCGAAGGACAAACCUCCGCUCCUAAUCUAUUAACCGAAGCGGAUCUCAUUUCACUUAUGGAAAAGAAUGGCAUCGGUACCGAUGCUACUCACGCUGAACAUAUCGAAACCAUCAAGCAAAGGAUGUACGUCGGUAUUCAAGAUAGAAUUUACUUCGUACCCGGUGAAUUAGGCAUAGGGCUAGUCGAAGGAUACGAUAGUAUGGGUUUCGAAAUGUCCAAACCUCACUUGAGAGCUGAAUUGGAAGCUGAUUUGAAAAAAAUUGGCGAAGGUACUAAAGAUCCGAAACAAGUUCUGGCGUCGCAAAUUCAAAAAUAUCGAGAAGUUUUCGUGAAAUCCGUCGAACAAGCAAAUAAAUUAGAUUCGGCGUUGAAUAAAUAUUUACAAACUCAAGCGAACCACGUAGAUAAUAAUUUCGAUUCGAUAGUCGGAGAGUUACCAAAACAAGUAAUGAAAUGCCCGAAAUGCGGAUUACAAAUGGUACUGAAACAUAGACCAGAAAGUACGAGUUUUGUGUCUUGUAACGGAUUUCCUCAAUGCCGAAAUGCCAUCUGGUUACCGAGUAAAGUACAAAAAGUAGAAAUUACUGAGAAUAGUUGUACUCAGUGUGGUCCUGAAGUGAAAUUGUUGAAAUUCCAUUUCCGGCCUGGUUCUAUGGCUCCGUAUUAUCCGAAUGUCCAUGUAGGCUGUGUAGCUGGCUGUGAUCAACAGUUAUUAGAAUUAUUAGAGAUCAGAUCUCCUCGCCAAGCCGGUGGUGAUGCUCCUACUGGUGGUGCUGCAAACCCUCCUGUUCAACGUCAACAGCCACAGCAGCCAAGAAACAAUUAUCAAUCGUUCAAUUCGCACAAUGACACUGGGUAUUCUUCUGGUGGAUCUAAUACUCAAUUUUCAUCGAACCGAGCUAGACCUAGUAAUAAUAUCGCUUCUGGUGGAUCUAAUACUCAAUUUUCAUCGAACCGAGCUAGACCUAGUAAUAAUAUGGAUACAAGACCGAUCGGUGUCGACCCCAUGACCUUCCUCACAUUUGACGACGAUGUCCAUUGCAAUUGCAACGAAGCUGCUAGAAAACUGACAGUUAUGAAAGAAAGUGUCAACAAAGGUCGUGAAUUUUACGUAUGUCCGAGAGCACAGACUGAUCCAGGCCGUUGUAAUUUCUUCCAAUGGGCUAACGCACCCCCCGCCGGUAAUAAUCCUCAGAAUCAAAAUUUCGGUCGGCAGAAUCAAGGUGGCGGUAAUAAUUGGCCCAGCGGAUCAAAUUAUCAACGUAACAAUGGACCUGGUGGUUCGGGUUAUCAGCGUAAUGAUGGAAACCAACCGAGAAAUAGCUUCAGAGGUAGAAAACAGAAUUUCAAUUCUGCUAAUGCUGGUACUGCUGGUCCUAGAAAAUGUGGAAUAUGUCGACAACCAGGACAUACUCGAAAAAAUUGCCCUAAUAAUCAAGAAGAUUAAUUUACAUCGCUGCGAUCAACUACUUGAUUCAUUCUUAUUGUGAUGUCUUAUGUUAAGAAUUUACGUUAUAUUAAAUAUGUAUGUAGGUUUCUCAAAUUUUGUGAUUUACGUGUACAAUUUUUUCUGGUAAAUUUAAUUUAUUGCUAUAAACAUUAAUACAAAUGACUGUGUUAAUUUUUGUAAUUUUUUUACCGUUAUUUAAUUAUUUAAAACUCGAUGGUUUUUACGUUUUUCGUAAUUUUAAUUUAUUUGUUCGCCGUUUACGAAUUUUAUUGUAAAGAUUUUUGUUAACGAAUGUAUUUAUUAUACAUUAUUUCGUA